CCUUGCUCCUCUUUCGCUCGCAGCGUCCGAAAAGAAAGAAAUUGAGACGAAAAAGGUUUUUCUCUCUCUUUCUCUCGAGAUUUGGGGGAAAUUUUAGCAGUUGACGAGAGAGAGAGAGAGAGAGAGAGAGAUGGGGAGAGAAGUAGCAGAGAGCUGCGUGGAUAUGGUGAUGAUGGAGAUGGUGAUCCUCUACUCCCAACGCCUCUACUCCUCGAAACCCGAUCUCGCCGCUCGCCGCAUCGAGUCCAUCGGAUUCCAGCUCGGCCACCAGCUCUCCGACCGGUACACUAUGGAAAGGCCUAGGUUUACUGACCAUUUAGAGGCGAUCAAAUUCAUCUGCAAGGAUUUCUGGUUUGAGUUGUUCAAGAAACAGAUCGACAACCUAAAGACUAACCACAGGGGUACAUUCGUGUUGCAAGAUAACAGGUUUCGAUGGCUCUCACACGUGUCUCCCAAUCCUUCGCCAGAGAGCACAGAUGACUCAGCUGAAAACAGUGCAGUUCAAGCCACAAACAUGUACCUCUGCUUCCCAUGUGGGAUUAUAAGAGGGGCUCUCACCAACUUAGGAAUUCCUUGCGCAGUUUCUGCUGACAUUCCUAGCCACCCUGCUUGUUCAUUUGUGGUUCGCAUAAAAGCUUGAUGGAUACUCGUGCAAGAGACAAAUAGUAUGCUCCCGACAUUUAUAAGGGCGACGUAUAUGAGAUUCCUUUUAAGAUUCUUGAGAGCCGCUAAGUUUCCUUGUUGUAACAAACGCCUGGUCUUCAGAGAACUCUGCGGUGUGACUAUUAUUGUCUGCGCUAGUCAGCAACAUCUUGUGUUGUUUCUAUAGCUUGUGUAGAUUCUUUGAGAAAUAUGUUGCUUUUUCAGAGGACUUGUUUGGCUUUGCCAUACUGUGAAUGUGUGCUAAUUAUCAGAUACAAAAUUUCUUCUUUUCUUAGCACUACAGAUGUAUAGGACUUGUUUGGCAAUCGCUCAAAAUUGGAUGGGGUUUAGAUUUA